AAAGUAAAAAUAAGGAAGAAUGGACAAAAUUACACCUGAAAGUUCACACGCUGGAUACAAAUACACUUCAAUCUUUUAAUGAGUCACGCGUGCACAGUAAUUAUACACUCCAGCGGACACAUUCACCCUUCCGGCCAUCAGCGUGUGGCGUCGUUAGUUUGAGUGGACACGUGACUCUCUUUACUCCUUGCUGGCACCUUUAGUUGAGUGAGCUGUCCAUUUAGUGCCAACUCAAAAAAAAUCUUUUAUUUUAAUGAUUAAUUAAACAAAAUUAAGGCUGAACCCUUCGUUCUCUUUUAUCUUCAGAAAGAAGAUGCUCUGUAUUGAAAUCCUAACACAGAGACCAAUAACUAAGAACAUGGGCUUACUCCAGGAAAAAUCGAGCUCUUUAUCCCUAAAUUGUGGCAACGUUGUUAGUGGCAGAUCUUCGUUAUUAAGGAACAAGAAGAAGAAGAAGUUUGACUACAACAAUGGCAAGUGUUUGCACGGAAUUGAAGCUGUGGUACUUAAGUCUGGAACAGAGUGGAAUCCGGACAGAUUGUUUCUUGGAUGUCCUUUGUGGGAGAGUGCUGAACAUCGAUGUGAGUAUUUUGUUUGGCUGGACGAAGUUGAAGGAAAAACAAAAAAAAAAGUGGAGACAGAGGUUGAAUCUAAAGAAAGGUCAUUGAAACAAUCAUACCAGAAGAUGAACGAGCUUACAGAGUAUGCCACAAAAUUGGAAGAAGAUGUGCAACAAUUACAGAAGACAGUGAAUCUGAUUAGGGGUGAAAUAAAGUGUAUUAAGAAUAUGGUUAUGGGCAUUUGUCUGGGGUUGAAAUUUUGUGUAUUAUGGAUUUUUAGGAUAUAUGCUCAGAAGUGAGGAUCAUGUGUAAUCAUUUUAAAAGUUGCAUUGAAUAAAUGGAAGAAAAAAAGCUCUGUGUUCUUGUGAAUUACAUAUUGUAAUUGGUGUAACAUCAACCAUUGACAACUAAAGAAAUGUAAACAUGUGUAA